AUGCCCAUCAAACUGCCUAAGGGUUUUCAGAGACGCAAAUCUUCAGGCAAUGCCCUAGAUGAGGUGCGCAAUCCUCCAGCUGGCGACUCUUCAAAUUCUUCGUUCAGAGUGCUGGAACGCCCCACAAGCAAGGGCAAAUCUUUCGAUGGGGGCUUGUCAAUGAAGUUUGGCCCUCAGGAGAGCCCUAGGCCCCCUCCCAAGGAUUAUUUCCAUCAACAUCAGGAGGAGGAUGUCUUUACAGGAGCACGCCAUGAUGCGAGUCAUCGCGGUAGUGGUGGCACCGAUCGUUCCCACUCGACUGCACCAAAUGGCAGCGCAGCCUCUUCGGCUCGUCUGAGCACUUCAUCCACCAAUCCCUCAUCGAUCGACGCCCGCUCCGAUAAGAACGGCCAGAGCAACGGACACAGGACAUACACAGAUAUCCCAGUGCCACCCCCGUCUUCUGCGAGACCUGGAUUUAUGCGUGAUUCCUCGCGGACUUUCUCCUUCGGUAUCGCCAAGCGGUCAUCCCCUGCUUCUUCACCGGGCGGCCUUCCUCCACUUAUAAACAACAAGAGAGACCGGGCGGUGACCGCCAGUACCGCCAGUACCGCCACUCCACCCCGGUUGUUCGACUCCGAUCUGGCGCUAGAGAAUACCGAAUUAGACGGUUUCGGCAACAUGUUUGACCACAUUGGGUCUAGCUCUCAGUCACAGGGUAUCCGUCUUAUACAAUCUGAGGAUCGAUCUUCCCCUCCCACCAGUUAUCCACCCACAAGCUACUCGGGUCCUGCCUUUGCCCGCUCGCAUCGGGCUGCCGUUCCACAACCCAUCAACGUCGAUCGAAACCAGAUUGUGGAAUCCUCACCAUACUCAUGGACCUCCCACGACUCCCAUGAUGGCCUGAUCAGAUCACCAAGCCCUUCGAAAACGAUCACAGAAGCGAGUCCUCCUCGAUCGGCGAAUAAUACAUUCGUCAAUUCAAAUCAAAGUCCACUCCCACCGCUGAAACCUGCUCAACGAAGGCCUACCAUCCCCAGGGAUUCUUCUUCCAUGGAUACAUUGCAGCCUCUAUCAGUGAGCCGCACUCGAACGAACGAAGAAACCAAGCUACUCUCUACCAGUCCUACACUACCACAGAAUGGAGGAAUGUCACCUACUUCGCUGCAUAGUGCAUCAUUUGAUCCUUCCAUUGCUGCCGAUGCCGAGCUGGCCCACAUGUAUGAAGAAUCUCGACCCGCUCCGCCCAGACCCGCUCCUUCAAAUAAGGUCAUGACUCCCCAGCAAUGGGAACGUUACAAACAGCAAAAAGAGAUGGACCGCAGAUUAGGCGCUUUGUCCGAUGACAGCGGGUCAGAGGCAGGAGAUAAUUAUGAGGAUGAUGACGAGGUUGAACGUGAUCGACAAGCUACCAAACAAAGGCGGAAACAGGAAGCUCAUCUUGCUGUCUAUCGGCAGCAAAUGAUGAAGGUCACAGGCGAAGCAGCACCACCGCGUCCCGAGAGUGCUCUUGCAGCAUUAAAGUUUAAUAAUGGCAGCUCUACUGAUCUCGAUAACCGACUCUCACAUCUGACCGUGGCCUCCAGACAAUCAGGAGGAAAGAGUAGUGGAGAGGAUGAAGACGAAGACGAGGAUGUGCCUCUUGGAAUCCUCGCCGCACACGGCUUCCCCAAUAGAAACCGACCACCGACUCGAUUGGCAAAUUCUCCCUCGAAUUCGCACCUUCGAAGCACAAGCCAGCCUCCACCACAAAGUGCACAGUCUGGUGGGGGACAGACCCCGAAAGGGACCAAUCUACCUGUAUUCGCAAGAGGCCUACCCCAGGAUCCUUAUUAUGGUGCAAGUUUGGUCAAUCAACCGGUGCGUGAAUCGUUGGCGGCACAUUCGCUAAGCCCCAGUGCGCUGGGAUCUGGUCCCUCCACCGCACAUCCCAUCCAUCCAGCUGGGCUUGUCGGGGUGAUUGCUGGCGAGGAAAGGGCACGCGCAGCCCGGAGAGGAAGCCCCAACCCAGCAGGCAACUACGAAAUGCCAGGUCUCCCGCCUCACGCAGGCAUGACGAGAUCACAAACUGCAGGAAAUAUCCCCAUGGGGUAUCCACCUAUGGGGGUGCCCGGGAUGCCGCCGAUGCUUUCUCCAGCAGACCAAGCUCAGCUUCAAAUGUCACAGCAGAUGAACCAGAUGAUGCAGAUGCAGAUGCAAUGGAUGCAACAAAUGCAGUCAAUGAUGGGACCAGGAGGAGCACCUCAAAUUGGAGCGCCGAGUCUUGCCGCCGCUAGCAUAUAUGGAGGACAAGCAUCCCGACCUCAUUCAAUGCAGCCUCCCAUGGCUCCUUCUCAUGCCAGCCAACGGACCAUGAGCACUUUAAAUCCUGGCAUGGCUCCAUGGAAUUCGACUCCUAAUUUUCUCCCAUCAAUCAACCUGAACGGCAAUUAUGCUCCAUCAAUCGCCCCAUCGGAACGCAGCAAUAUUGGGCUUGCAUCUCGUUAUCGACCUGUCUCGACCAUGGCUGAGCCUGACGCAACCCCUACUAAACGUGCUUCGACUUUCACAAGUGCGAGCUUCCAGCCUUGGGCACAAACAAACAACGGAUCUCAAGGCGCGAGCCACUCCGCUAAACCGUCGGUCAACACCCUUGGGCGACGAUCGCCACUGAAUCAACAACACGACGACGAGGACGACGAGCAAGGCUGGGCGGAAAUGAAGAUGAAGAAAGAUAAGAAGCAAAAGAACUGGGCGCUCCGAAAGGGAAAUAAUGGAUUGCAAGAGUUGUAUACUGGUACCCCGACGUGA